AUGAAGGUACGGAGUUCCACUAAAAAGGGGCCCAAAAAUAUCUCGGUAUUUCUCCGCGUCAGACCUCCCACAUCAAUUGAGAAGGGGCAUUCCUUUGACAACAUCUCAUACGAUCCUACUGACGAUCGUGUAAUCAAUAUAACACGCAAAUCUUCCGGCAACCCAAUUCAUAAAAAAUUCCUUUUUAAUCGUGUUUUCAAACCUAAAAGCUCGCAAAAAGAAGUCUAUGAUGCCUUUGCCAAGAACGCUGUUGAUGCCGCGUUUGAUGGGCUGCAUGGCGUGCUCUUUGUGUACGGCCAAACUGGGUCUGGUAAGACUUACACUAUCAGCAAUGACGAUGGUACGCCUGAGAACCUCGGUAUGCUGCAACGAGCCUUAAUGGAUGUGUGGAACCGCAUUGCGGCCGACAAAGAUCACGAGUACACAUGCAUGCUCAGCUACGUCCAGUUGCAUAAUGAAAUCUUAACAGACCUGUUAGACGAUGAUCAGGGUCGUGUGCGCAUCCAGUUGGGCAGCGAAGGGGACGGUGAUGUCGUCUUGGUAAAGGAAACUACGGGAUUGCCCAUUGAAAAAAAGGUCACGAACUACGACGCCACGAUGAAAUUGUUUGAGCUCGGUAUGAGUCGGAGAGAGAUAGCAAGCACCUCUAUGAAUAAGAUGAGUUCCCGCUCUCAUACGAUGUUUACAUUCCUUAUCAAUAAGUCAUCGCGUGUAAAACCUGUAGCUGUGAGAAGUGAGAUCGAAGCCAGUGAUGAACUAAACCCUUCGUGUGUAUCUCUGGAGGGACGUCUUAUUUUCUGCGAUCUUGCCGGUAGCGAGCGCCUCAGCAAAUCUCAAGCCGAUGGCAAGAAUCUAGUUGAGGCCACGCAUAUCAAUGGUAGUCUUUUGGUGCUUGGAAAAGUGGUGCACGCGUUAACAGAGAAAUCGCAGCAUGCUCCUUUCCGUGAAUCCAAGCUGACGCGUAUCCUGCAGUACUCGCUAAUGGGCAAUGGCAACACCUCUAUUAUAGUCAACAUCAGUCCGUCGGAUUCUAACAGUGAUGAAAGCCUAAGUGCUAUAAAUUUCGGCCAGCGCGCGAGCCAAAUCAAGCAGGAUGCGAUAAGACACGAGAUACUCGAUUACAAGGCGCUCUACCUGCAGCUUAUGGCUGAGCUCGACGCGAAGAACGACAAGACCCUCGAAAAUGCCCUGGAGGAGGAACGGAACGUGUACGAGUACCAAAUCUCAACUCUGGAGGAGCAAGUAUCGACCCUUACCGCGGAGAACAAGGUGCUUCGUGGAGAAAAUGCUGCGUUACGGUCUGGGAUGCCUCAGGAUAAGCUAAAUGCCACGUUGGCGUCUCUUGGUGAUAGGGACUGGAAGGAGGUGAUUAUGAAAACGCGCGAGAUGAUCACAAAGCGGGAUGAGACGAUCCGUUCAAUCGACGAGGAACGGAUGAAAUUGGCGCUACUCCUAUCCGUGGAGCAGCGCAAGUGCUUCAAGCUCGCUCAAAAGUUGCAGGGCACGAUGGCGCGUUAUCAGCUCACAUGUAAAGAGAUGAGCAGUCGGGUGGAUAAACUCAGCAUCGAGCUGGCAGAGGCGAAGGGAACCGAUUACUUAAGCCUGGGCGGCAACAUGCAGGAGAGCCCAUCUUCCCCGAGAAGCAAUAAUUCGGACCCUAACAGCCUAUUCGAUGGGUCAAGUGAGGAUGUCGAGAAGCUGAAUCAGAAGCUGCGGGCCUACCGCGCGGAACGGCUUGAGCUUAUUGCCUACCAGUCCAAGGCUCAGAAGGCGAUACGCUUGCUGGUGGCUGAGAAGGAGGCCUUGCAGCGGAAGUACGAAAGUGGUAAGGGUCGCGCAUCAUCCUAA